UUGUUCUCUAACUAAAUGGUUGAUCAUCUCCUGGGAACAUGGAAAUCAACUUCUUGUGAAAAUUUUGAUGAAUAUAUGAAACAACUGGGAAUAGGAUUAGCUAGCAGGAAGCUGAGCAGUCUGGCCAAACCUGUUCUGACCAUCAGUGCAAAAGGGGACUUGAUUAUCAUCAAGACCAAAAGCAUCUUUAAAAAUGAUGAAAUCUCUUUUAAGCUGGGAGAGGCAUUUGAAGAAACCACACCAGAUGAGCGAAAAACUAAGAGCAUUGUACCCUUGGACAGUGGCUCAUUGACUCAUGUGCAGAUUUGGGAUGGCAAAGAGACUACCAUAAAGAGAAAGCUGGUGGAUGGGAAAAUGGUGGUGGAAAGUGCCAUGAAUGACAUUACCUGUACUCAAACAUAUGAGAAAGUAUGA